AUGUCUGAAACUGUUAAGUAUUUUUACAAGGGUAAUGACACUGAUUUAAUAAUAUAUGUUAAGUCUGAAGAUGCAGUCAAGAAAUAUUUGGCAGCACCAGCAAUUAGCAAACUAGCUGACACUGUAGAAGUCUUCCAAAUUUUUGCCAACAGUGAUGGUAAAGGUGUUGAAGGUCAGCUUGGUGAAGCUUCUCAUGCUCAAUUAGAAAAUGAAUUUGGUAAAGGCAAAAAGACCGAAGACAUUCUUGAUUUAAUAUUAAGGAAUGGUCAAUCAAAGUCUGCUAGAAAGACUAUAUAA